AUGAGCCGUCAACCAAGUCAAACGUCGAUCACAUUGUAUCCAACAGAGAGGAUAAUGAGCAUCACAAGUCAAUGCUCAUAUAUUCCCAAUCAAAACAAUUUUGAGGAUUUCAAUAGCAAAUUCACAUUCAUCGAUUUAUGGGCAAGGGAUCAACAAAGACGACACGCCAAAGACAUUGUGGCUCGGCAUCAGAAAAUCGUUUUUCGGCCACCAGCUCCUCAUCCAAGGCGGCAAUCCACUCAUGGUCGAUUGUUAGAAAAUCGAAUCGAAAGAACAAAUAAAGUAUCUGAGAAUAGCAAGCAAAAAGACACACAAAAGUCAAACAAAUUCGAGACUGACCCCGAUUUUCAGGAGAAAGAAAUCGUGUUCUUGUACCGAACGAAGCUCGGCGUGAAUGUUUACGGUGAAGUUUCU